UGAAUUUCAAAGUUUUUGUGUGAACAAAAGUUUUGGUGAAGUGUUUUUGUGUAAAAUUUAAUUGAAUUUUAUCGAUAUUUUUACAAGCUAAGAAUAAAAAUUGUGAUAAGUUGAGUGAAAAAUUUGUUAGGACUUUGAACAUUGUGAUUUGGUUGAGAUCUGUAGUGUUUCCUGAGAAAAACAAAUUUUCAAAAAAGGUCACACGCGUGCACUAUAAGUCGAUUGAAAAAAAAGGAAAUAAAAGGAGGAUGAGUGCCCGUAUUGACACGCAAUUGACAUCGGAAAAUGGUCGCAAGGAAAGUUCAGUCGGACAGCCCACAUUGUUUGGUGAAGUUCCGGAAAAUGAGAGUGACACAGUAUCCCAAAGCAAUAAUUCCUCUAUCGUUGAGACGAAAAAUAGAAUUAAUUCGACCAAGCAAAAUGGCAUCACUGAUACAUCAGUUGCGGUCAUCAACAUCGAUGAAGACGAUCGUCAAUUUUCCGCCGGAAAGAAAAUGAGCAACAUUGAAGCUAUCCAUGAACGGGCCACCGUUGCAUUCCAAAGUGGCAAAACCAUCGAUUUAACAUUCAGGGAACAGCAAUUGAAUGCAUUAUUGCGUAUGUAUGAGGAAAAUGAAGAUGCGAUGUGUGAAGCACUCUUGAAAGAUUUGCAUAAAUGCCGUCAAGAAUCAAUUAUCAACGAAGUUGAAUUGCUGCGAAAUGAUGUGAGAAAUUUGAUUAUGAACCUUCGUUCAUAUUCCAGCAUUGACUAUCCGGAGAAGCCGUUCGUUAAUAUGUUGGAUUCGGUGGAAAUUCACAAAGAUCCAUAUGGUGUUGUAUUGAUAAUGGGUGCAUGGAAUUAUCCUCUUCAGUUGACAUUAUUGCCAGUGGCUGGCGCCAUUGCGGCUGGUAAUUGUGUAGUCAUUAAACCGAGUGAAAUAGCGCCGGCAAGUGCAAAAUUUAUUGCCGAAACAAUUCCAAAAUAUUUGAAUGAGGAAUGUUAUCAUGUGAUUUGUGGUGGCGUAGAACAAACGACCGAACUUUUGAAAUUAAAGUUUGACUAUAUAUUUUAUACGGGAUCAACACGCGUCGGUAAAAUUGUGCAUGCUGCGGCCAAUCGAUAUUUAACACCAACAACAUUGGAAUUGGGUGGAAAAUCACCAGUUUACAUUGAUGAUACAGUUAAUAUUGAAGUGGCAACGAAACGAAUCAUUUGGGGAAAACUAAUGAAUUUGGGCCAAACAUGCAUUGCACCCGACUACAUUCUAUGCACGAAAGCUGUUCAAGGUAAAAUCAUUGAGGCAACGCGCAAUUUACUUAAAGAAUUCUACGGCGAUGAUAUGCAACAAAGUCCCGACCUCUGUCGAAUUGUCAAUGCAAACAAUUUUCAACGUCUUGUUAAGAUGUUGAAAGGGGCUGACAUUGCUCUCGGUGGUAACACAGAUGCUGAAGAAAGAUACAUCGAACCAACCAUUUUGAUUAAUGUAAAGCGAACCGAUCCCGUUAUGCAAGAUGAAAUUUUCGGCCCAAUUUUACCCAUUAUUAACGUUGAUAAUGCAUUCGAUGCCAUUCAAUUUAUUAACGCCGGUGAAUUGCCGUUGGUUCUGUAUCUAUUCACAUCAGAUUCUAAAAUUCAGGAGAUAGUCUGCAAGCAUACGAGAUCUGGUAGCAUAUGCAUUAAUGAUACGAUGAUGCAAUAUGUUGUUGAAUCAUUGCCGUUCGGCGGUGUUGGAAUGAGUGGAAUGGGAGCAUACCAUGGAAAAGAUUCGUUUGAUACAUUUUCUCAUAAGAAAUCAUGCUUGGUUAAAAGUAUGAAUCCGAUUGCCGAGUAUUUGUCAUCAUCCCGUUAUCCACCUUAUUCAGAUCGUAAAACAAAUUUAUUGGUAUUUUUGUUGAAGAAACGAUACAGCAUAUCGCCAAAAUAUCUGGGUUAUGCGGCGAUCUUUGGUUUGGGUGUUAUGACCACCAUUUUGUACAAUCACUACUCAAUAGCUUUUAAUAAGAAUGACGCCUGAAAUUGACUGAGAAAAUGGAUAUAUUGAAGUGUGCAAGAGAAAAAAUUACCAACAGAUUUAAUUUUAAGUGUCAAUUACCUUAAUGUGCAUUAUGUACGUCUUAUUUUGGGGGAUAAUGAUAUUUAUGUGUGUAAUAACAACAUGAAUGUUUGCAGUGUGUGAUGAUCAACGAGAUUGAAUACAUGAUGUCUGCGGGCGUGUAUCAUUGCAACUUCAAAAUACACAGCAAUCACAAUAUUAUUUAAGAGAUGAAAAAAAAAACUGUUGCGGACUAUGGGUUUCAAACAAAUUACUACAGUAUAAGCUAUGUAAAGAAACGAAAAAUGGACUGGGAAUCGGCAGCAGACGAAAUUAUCAAAAAAUUAUGUCGGAACAUUCCAUUGGAAAUAUGAAACUAAAAUUAAGAUAAAAUUUAGGUGAAAAAAAGUCAAACUUGAUAUUAUUUACUUUUGUUUUUCGAAGACGAGACUUUUUUUUUGGAAAUUACACUGAAUCUAUAAUGUUCUUGCCUUCGAAAAAAAAAACGUUUCUUUGUAUUUUUGAAAUGAUAUUCCAUUUCAUACGAUAUUUGAGUUAUUGGAUUAUUGAGCUAAUGAGAUAAUGGUAUUGUAUAUUUUUUUUGUUCUAUCUUUCUGAAGUGGGAGUUAGCUUUAAGAUGAAAAUGUUUCAUAAUCUGUUUUAUUUUGGAAAAGAAUAAAAAACCAAUUGAACAAUCUAAAAACAUAGUUGUGUAAAAUGAAA